CACUGCGUGGGUGGGAGUGGGUCAGCUGCAUUGCCUCCUCUUCCCCACUCGCUGCCGCACACAAGUCCCCCCGGCUCCCCCGGCAAUGAGGUCCCUCUCCGCCUUCCGCUUCUUUUCCGGUGCGAUCCGGAUCAUCUUCCUCCUGUGUUGCUGCGUUUCUCACGCUGGCUGCAAAGCUCCGUCGCCUUGCCCGAGCGGACAGUUUCUGCUGAAGAGCCAGUGCGUCCUCUGUCAUCCCACCUGCUCUGAGUGCCAGGGGCAUGAGCUCUUUGAAUGCACGACCUGUGGAGUGGAUGAAGAUGGACAGGAGCGUUUCCUCCACCAAGGUCGCUGUCGGACCCACUGCCCGCGGGGACUGUAUCCUGACAGGGGUCACUAUUCCUGCCUGCCCUGCAAGGCCGACUGUGAACUCUGCGCAGAUGGCAACAUAUGUGCCAAAUGUCGAGAACACUACAAACUCCACAAUGGGCUUUGCCAAGCAGCGCUCUGUGACAAAGGACAGGUUCAGGAUCCUGACACCGGCGAGUGCAUUGACUGUGAAAUAGGCUGUAAAACAUGUUCCACAGAAGAGCCAGAGAUGUGCAACAGCUGUGCCGAAGGUUAUUUUCUUUUCAGACAGCGGUGUCGCAAGCACUGUCCCCGCAGCACCUAUGAGGACUGGAGCAGGGGGCUGUGCUUGUCCUGUCCCACAUCCUGCACGGACUGCAGGAGUGACGCUCGCUGCCUCGCCUGCCAGCCUGCUCACUUCUUACAUGGAGACAACUGUGUUCAGCAGUGCCCGAUGCAGACCUUCCCUGACACCACCGGGUGGCGCUGUGAGUCUUGCCACAGCUCCUGCCAGACUUGUCACGGGCCUCGGUCCACAGACUGUGACCUUUGUCUCACGGGGAACCCUCCUCUCCAUGACCACUGCCCUAUGGCUAACUGCCCCUUGGGCCAGUACUUUGACGCUGAAUAUGCUAAAUGUCACACCUGUGACAUGUCCUGCAAGACCUGCUUCGGCCCACAACCACUGGAUUGUUCCUCUUGUUUUGAAGGCUAUUUUCUGGACAAGGAAAGUUCCUGCGUGCCGCAGUGUCCCGCCGGCUCCUACGCCAACUCCGCCACUCAGCUGUGCGAGAGCUGCUCGCCCAACUGCCAAACCUGCGUGGGCGCCAGCGAGAACUGCAUCAGCUGCUCCAAGCAGGGCGGCUUCCAGCUCUUCCUCCACCGAGGGAUGUGCUGGUCAAAUUGCCCCGAGGGUUACUUUGAGACAGCAGAGGGGUCAUGUGACGCCUGCGACACUUCCUGCCUGGCGUGCGACGCCGUCGCCACAAAGUGUCUGUCUUGCGCCGACGGCCACUACUUGGAGGGCGGCGUGUGCACGCUCAACUGCUCACUGGGCACGUACCCCGCAGACGACGCCACCUGCAGGCGCUGCCCCCCACAUUGCGACGUCUGCUCCGACGACAGGACCUGCUACAAAUGUGGUUUCUUAUACCUGAUGCUUGAUGGCGCAUGUAAGGCUGAUUGUCCAACGGGGUACUACGAGGACCUGGAGGUGGGACGCUGCGGACUGUGCCACCCCACCUGUGGCAGCUGUUCUGGACCUUUGGCAGACGACUGCGACAGCUGCUCCGCAUUCAGUCCCAAACUCUAUAAGGGCACCUGUUCAAAGGUGUGCCAGACCGGCACCUACUACCAGGAUGCAGCCGCAGAGUGUCAAGAGUGCCAUCAGACUUGUACGAGCUGCUCCGGACCAGACCCGAACCAGUGCACCCAGUGUGAACGGGGCCUGGUGCUGGACCCGAACACACUCCUAUGUGGGGUGACGGGUGAUAGCGACUGCCCACCGAAGACCUUCCUGCACGACGACCAGUUCACAUGCGUAGGCUGCCAUCGCCACUGCUACUCCUGCGAUGGGCCUGGCAGCCGUGAGUGUCUCACCUGUGCUGUCCCAACAUACCUUCACAACAGGACCUGCGUGAAGGAGUGUCCGGCUGCCACGUACACGACCAGGCAGGAUGCAGACGGGACCCAACUGGGCUUCUGUUUACCGUGUGACCGCGUGUGCGCCACCUGUACAGGUGUGUCGCCCAAAGACUGCCUGGCCUGUGCACCCGGAUAUUUGCACCUCCUUCAUCUGUGUGUCAGCCACUGUCCAACUGGCUACUACCAAGCCGGCACCCACUGUAAGAAAUGCGACCACUCCUGUGAGAUGUGCACUGGUCCGGGGCCAGAGUCCUGUCGGGCGUGUCUCCCUCCUCUUCUGGAGCUGCAAGGGACCAAGAUGUGUGUUGAACGUUGCCCACUGCGCUUCUACCAGCUGGACCAGGUGUGCAAGCAGUGCCACGUCAGUUGUCGCACCUGCACAGACUCCUCACCUCGGAGCUGUGUGACGUGCGACAAUGGCAGCACGCUGAAGGAAAAAGUCUGUUAUCCACGCUGUGAGGAGGGGAAGUAUUUCACUCAAGAGGCAACCUGUUCGCCUUGUGACAGCUCCUGCAAACACUGCAGUGGUCCCAGACCUGACCAGUGUCUGAUUUGUCACCAAGACUUUGGUCUCCACGCCGUGGAGAGUCGCUGCGCCCGCUGCUGUCGGGCGGGCGGCAACCAUUCAGACUGUUGCGUUUGUGACAGUGGCUCAGAUAUGUGUGUGGAGCUCACCGGACCCAGGUCAGGCGAGGAGUUGGUGACCGACAUGAACAUGUCAUCAAGAGUGCUCAAACACACCUCGGUGGCCGCGCCCGUCGCCCUGCUGGCGGGGCUGCUUUUGGCCCUGCUGGCCUUGGCUUUAGUGAAGGCCCGAGCCAGGAAGAGACUCUGCUGGAAGCAGAGUUACGAGAGACUGAGUGGCAAUGCCAACAUGCCUCACGGCGUGCCCGAACCCGAUAGCGGGGACGAGGUGGACGUGGUGUACACCAGCAGAGGAGGCUCGGUGUAUCGCCGCUACAGUUUCAUCCAUGAGCGGGACGCCCAUGUUGUUCCUGUGGACGAAAGCACUUGUCUCAACCAGUCCUAGACCGGACCCCCCUUGAAGGGUACCCACUGAGAACAGUGUGAUGUGUACGCCAGCUCACUCGACGGCACCCUUUGUGGCGCAAGUAUCAGUAGGAGGAGUUUUAGUUGUUCUAAAGCAGGGGUCACCAAGCUUUUUGAAACCAAGAGCUACUUCUUGGGUACUGAUUAAUGCGAAGGGCUACCAGUUUGAUACACACAUAAAUGAAUUGCCAGAAAUAGCCAAUUUGCUCAAUUUCCCGUUAAUAAAUAAAUCUAUAUAUAUAAAAAAAUGGGUAUUUUUUGUCGGUCAUUCCGUCGUACAUUUUUUUUCCUUUUACGGAAGGUUUUUUGUAGAGAAUAAAUGAUGAAAACAACUCUUAAUUUAACGGUUUAAAAGAGGAGAAAACAGGAAAAAAAUGAAAAUUUAAUUUUGAAACAUAGUUUUUCAAUUUCGACUCUUUAGAAUUCAAAAUUCAACCGAAAAAAAGAAGCGAAAAACUAGCUCAUUCGAAUCUUUUUGAAAAAAUUAAAAAAAGAAUUUAUAGAACAUCAUUAGUAAUUUUUCCUGAUUAAGAUUAAUUUUAGAAUUUUGAUGACAUGUUUUAAAUAGGUUAAAAUCCAAUCUGCACUUUGUUAGAAUAUAUAACAAAUUGGACCAAGCUAGAUUUCUAACAAAGACAAAUCAUUAUUUCUUCUAGAUUUUCCGGAACAAAAAUGUUUAAAUAAAUUCAAAAGACUUUGAAAUAAGAUUUAAAUUUGAUUCUACAGAUUUUCUAGAUAUUUCAGAACAAUUUUUGGGAAUUUUAAUCAUAAUAAGUUUGAAGAAAUAUUUCGCAAAUAUUCUUCGUUGAAAAAACAGAAGCUAAAAUGAAGAAUAAAAUUAAAAUGUAUUUAUUAUUCUUUACAAUAAAAAAUAAAUACAUUUACUUGAACAUUGAUUUAAAUUGUCAGGAAAGAAGAGGAAGGAAUUUAAAAGGUAAAAAGGUAUAUGUGUUUAAAAAUCCUAAAAUAAUUUUUAAGGUUGUAUUUUUUCCUCUAAAAUUGUCUUUCUGAAAGUUAUAAGAAGGAAAGUAAAAAAAUAAAUGAAUUUAUUUAAACAAGUGAAGACCAAGUCUUUAAAAUAUGUUUUUGGAUUUUCAAAUUCUAUUUGAGUUUUGUCUCUAGAUUUAAAAAUGUCGAGCAAAGCGAGACCAGCUCGCUAGUAAAUAUAUACAAUUUAAAAAAAAUAGAUGCAGCUCACUGGUAAGUGCUGCUAUUUGAGCUAUUUUUAGAACAGGCCAGCGGGCGACUCAUCUGGUCCUUAUGGGCGACCUGGUGCCCGCGGGCACCGCGUUGGUGACCCCUGCUCUAAAGUAAAAUGAUGAGUGUUUGUCGCUAUUUGACUUGAGAAUUAAUUUAUCUUGACAAUAUCUACAAAAAUUUUAUUUAUUUAGAAUUGUGAAUAUCUCACAAAAGCCUUUUAUAACACCGUACAUUCUCAAAGAAUGAAUGGCCAAAUAGGGGCAAAAUUCAAUAAAUAAAUACAUUUUUAUAUAAGUACUUUAAUAAUGGAAUGUGUCAUUGAUUAAUUAAAAAUGGCAUUAAAAACAUAAAUGUGUAAUAAAAUGGUCAUGAAUUUUAAAUGAAAUGUGAUUUA